UAGGCACUAGUAAGCAUUUUACGUUUAUUUUUCUUGUAACCAUUUUUUACUUUUAUGGCUCAUUUCUUGUACUCAAAAGCUCUCUCUUUGUUGUUGUUAAACUUUUUAUAUCUAAUCAAAUGUGCUCAGGUUGAAAUGUCUGGGUAACUCCAUUUAUGGUAACAAGUUUUAUGCAUAUUAUUCCCAUAAAGUAAUAAUGGACUCAGGAUAGUUGUACUGUCCAAGUGGGGGGAUGGGACUGUGCAGUACAGGACAUAUGUUUCUGGGGGAAAAUCUGGGACAGGGAUAUGUGGGAGUCAACCUGCAGCAUAACUAAGGUUGAUAAGAGCCAAAGUGUGGGUGGCUGGCUGCAGCACACAUACAGACAUAGCUGGGAGCGACUUACAUGCUGGUGAUUGUUUGUGAGCAGUCCAGGUUAAGGCUACAGCAGCAAGGCAUUGUAAAAGGCACCCCAGGUUACAGGGAAGGGGUGACAUAGCUACUCAUUAGCCUGGAUUGUAUCCUACUAUGUCACACCCUCCUACCAAAUGCUGACACACCCCAGCAACCUUCCUCCUCUGCCACACAGACACACCACCAUCCAUGAAGGAACAAACUGCUAAAUUCUUCUCUGCCCUCCCAAGCUCACAGAACAAAAUCCACACAUAAUCAUGUGGGGAGAGGCAAUAAAACACAAGAAUAUCCUUUCUGAAACAGAAAAUAUUACACGUGUACCAAGCCCUCCUGACCCAAAAGCACCAACCAGCCAGAAAAGACAGUAAACAUCAGCAAAAGUCACAACACACAGAGCAAAGUCUCUCCCCAGCGUGAGAAAAGCAGAGAUUAACAUACAGUAAAAUCCUCUAACUUUGAGUAAAGUCGUAUGUACACAUCAACUAAAGAAAAAAAUUAGAAAGGCUCGCACAAUCUGAAGUUUAUUUCUUCAGGGCUGAGCUCUUUAAUAGAGUUAUUAUUCAACCACUACUGAAAGGAACCUCCCCCGGCCUCCAAUUGUGUAGCUCAACAGGUCUGCUCAGGUGAAUUCCCUGGGAUCAGCUGGAUAACAGGCACAUUAAACAGCAAAUAUAUAAUUGUCUUUGCAAUCACAACAAAAAAAGAUGACUGCAGAAUUUAGUAGUCUUUUGAUUCUAAAGCAAUCAUCUUACUUAUUUUCAAAUAAUGGCAUUAUACUACUAAAAAUUGAGCAAUCAUCUCUGUAUCAGUUUACACAGUUAAUUUAUUAUUCAUUGCACUGGAUUAGAUAGCACAACAGAAGGACGCUGGAAAACAAUACACUGUAGAAGCUGGUUGGUGAUGACCCUACUGAUUCUCUUCUCCAAGUAAAAUCUAACUAGGCUUUAAACAAAGCAGCUAGACUUUAAGUUUUGCCAUGUGGGUUUGAGAGUUGGAAGCUGCAGUUGAUACAAGGUUUUUUAUUAUUAUUAAUGCCAUACUAUGUUUGCUGCUGCUACCAAAAACUUUGUUAAGCAAGUUGGUGACAGUGGGAGAUUAGUCCCUGUUCCUAGCCUCAGUGAAGCUGACAAAUACCAACCUCUGAGUCUUGUUAUUAAGAAGAGAAAAUGUUUUCUUUCAAAAAAAUCUAAAUUUGCUUCGACACCUUUCACCCUAAAAGACAUUCUUCAGGGAGAGAAAGAAAUUUCAGCUGGUGUUUCAUCCUAUCAGCUGUUGAAUUAUGAAGACAAAUCGGAUGUUUCACUCUAUGGUAGACGAGGAAAUCAGAUAAUGAGUGAUGUUGGGGUCAAUAUUGCUGGAUCAGAUUCUGUUGCAGUAAAAGCUUCAUUUGGUAUAGUGACCAAACAUGAGGUUGAAGUACCAACAUUACUUAAAGAACUUACUACUAGAAAAAUUAACUUUGAUCACUGCCUAGUCCGACAAUCAAGAGAAAGUAGGAAAGCGGUUCUAUGUGUGGUCAUGGAAAGUAUUAGAACAACACGGCAAUGCUCAUUAUCUGUGCAUGCUGGUAUGCGUGGGGAAACAAUGAGGUUUCAUAUUAUUGAGGACCAAAAUCACAAGGGACGAGACAAAGCUAUUGUUUUUCCAGCUCACACAACUAUUGCAUUUAGUGUAUUUGAACUUUAUAUUCACUUAGAUGGUAAUUUUGAGUUCUGUGUCACUCCAGUUUCAAAAGGAGGAUUUGAAAAAGAGCAAUCUAGAUCAUUUUCACUGAACAAAUUAAGGAGGAAUCUGUUCCACCGAAAUAAAAGGGUAAUGGAUAUCAUUGCUAAUUCAGAUGCUUACUUGGAGGACAUUUUUACAGACUAUUAUGAAAACGCUGCAAGCAUGACUGAUAUUUCUACAAGCUAUCUCAGAGAAAGGUCUCAUAUCCGGGUUAAUUUACUUAAUAACAACAUCCCAAAAGGUCCUUGUGCCCUUUGUGGAAUGGGACAUUCUAAAAGAGAGACAGUCUAUGGAUGCCUAGAGUGUUCUUUUAAUGGACAAAAAUAUGUACGACUGCAUGCUGUGCCCUGCUUUGAUGUCUGGCACAAGCGAGUGAGAUAAAUGAUCUAUGAGCUUGAUUAUUGUUAUAGACUUCAGUGUAACUGUGCCACAAAAUUUCCAAAAUUGUUGAAUAUUGAGUUAAGUUCAACAGACAUUAAAAGUGCAAAAUAUUUGGUUAUGCUAUUUCCUUUUUUAUUGUAAAGUGAUACUUUUAUUUUACAAUAAAGGUAAUUAUAUUACAUAGUUCAGAAAUGCCCCAUAUAUAUUCUCUUAAAAAAUUGCUACUUUUCUUUGUGGCACUUUCUCAUUUUAUCAUUCACGGUAAGUAAUAUAUACAUGUUGAAAUUGAAUUCCAGAGUAGCAAUCAGAAUAUAGUUUGGAAUUUAUUAUAAAAGCUGCUUAUGCACAUUUGGUCUGUCAAGAUGUUAUAUAUUGCCUUAACUACACCAGAGUAUGAUGGUAAAAUGAGAAAAACGUGUUAAUAAUUUAGUGCUAUCAUGAAUGUUUAAUUGAAGUGUCAGAUUAAAAGCACAUUUAAAAACUAGCUCAGUUUAAGGUUUCAUUUACAAGAGGGAAGAGUUAAAAGGAUCGCAAUUGGCGAUUAUGGAUUCCAUUUUAGGCUGUGAAUUCCCCAUAUGUCUAUUCUGAUUAUAUUUGU